CCCCAUCUAGCAGUAUUGCAGGGACCCCCGACAUGGACACAGUGCUGGAACAGUUUACAGGGCUGGAGUCCUUCCCAUCCCCUUACUUCGAUGAGGAAGACUUCUUCACCGACCAGUCCUCCAGGGACCACCUGGACGCCGAGGACUUCCUGGAGGACGACGUUGACUUCUUGACCGGCCAGAUCCAGGACUAUUACAAGGACAGCCGCAUCCUGCACGGGGAAGACUACUGCGACGCCGGUAACUUCUCCUUCUCGUCCACCUCGUCCUCCGGGGGCUUCCACUAUGACUGCGGGGAGGUCGGCUGCGACCUGUCCCCGGGUAUGAAGGGCUCCAGCUGUGGGGCGAUGAAGAGGAGGAGGAGGAUGAGGUCUGAUACUGAGAUGCAGCAACUCAGGCAGGCGGCCAAUGUCCGGGAGCGCAGGAGGAUGCAGUCCAUCAAUGAUGCCUUCGAGGGGCUCCGGACCCACAUCCCCACCCUGCCCUAUGAGAAGAGGCUCUCCAAGGUGGACACCCUGAGGCUGGCCAUAGGCUACAUCAACUUCCUCAGCGAGCUGGUGCAGUCUGAUCUUCCCCUGAGGAACCAAAAUAAUGAGAGCUCCAUGCAACCCAAGAAGGUCAUCAUCUGCCACAGAGGAACAAGAUCUCCAUCUCCAAGUGACCCAGAUUAUGGUCUUCCCCCUCUAGCCGGCCAUUCGUUAUCCUGGACUGAUGAGAAACAACUCCGGGACCAGAACAUUGUCCGGACAGCAAAAGUCUGGACCCCGGAAGACCCCAGAAAACUAAACAAAUCAUCUCUUAACAACAUUGAAAAUGAGCCACCCCUGACACUGUGUCUGGACAUUUGAAGUGGACUUGCACUUUAUUGACACUUUUGUAAAUAUUUAUUUGUGUGUGUGUGUAUAUAUUUGUACAUAGCUCACUCUGUGCAAUGUAAUUUAUCAUAUCUGUACAAAUCCAAUGGCAAUCAAGUUAAUAUUUAUAUAUUUAUUACAAUUUGUUUCGGUAAACCUGGAAAUUGAAUGUAUAAUUUAUAUUUAAUUUAAUCUGAUAUAUGCAAAAAAUGAUGAAACACUUGUUAAUAAUUUGGAGAAAAGUGAAUAUAAUUUAUUUUUUAAUAUUUCUCCUUUUUGAAUAAAAGUUUUUUAUACAGUA